CAUGGCUGUUUAAAUAGCGGCGUCGGUUGUUGCACUCGUUAGCAUAGUGUUUAGUUGUAUUUGUUUUGUUUUUGCAUCAGAUAGUAAAUUUGUUGAAUAGAAUGGAGCCCAUGAAUCUUGGCAGUCCCGUCAGCAGUCCUGGCAGCAAUCAAAGCCAAUAUUUGCCGCCUUUUCUCAUGGGCGACUCACAGGCAAUGACGCCCCAAAACAACACGCUCUCUCCUAAGCUAGGACGGUAUAAUAUCAGCUUUGCUACGUCUCCAAACAAUAACACUCCCCAGGAAACGAGCUACAAUAAUCCACAGCAAAUAAAUCGUUCAGCAAUGGGAACGCGUACCUUAUUUGCUGGUGGCACCAGUGGGCCUGCUGGUGGUGGUGGUAAUGGCGGGAAUGCCAGUAGCGCAAACACUAGUCAUCAGGCUGGCCCACCCACUCAGGGUCUAUUCGAUUCGCUGCGCAACGAACAGCUGUGCGGCACGCCACACCGCACACAUCUGGGCAUGUUGCAGACGUCCCAUCUGAACAGCUCGAACUACAGCUUGAAUCAAAGCUGCCAACCGCCAACCACGCAGCUGAAUGACUCGUAUGUGCCAAAUGCGCCCAAUGCUGUCAACGCCUCGAUGCGCGCCCUCUGCUCGCCGCUGGGUGCCAACAUGUCCCCGUUGAACGUACCGCACACUCCUCAGGCACGGAAUAGUGACUUUUGGGUGACAAUCUUUGGCUUCGCACCCGGAGCCAGUUCYAUGAUACUGCAGCACUUCACCAUGUGCGGCACAAUUGUGGAUGUGGUGCACGCCCCACAGAACGGCAACUGGAUGCACGUGCGCUUCGCGUCGCGUAUCGAGAGCGACAAGGCAUUGAACUACAAUCUGAAGGUGAUUGCCAACAACGUCAUGGUGGGCGUAACUCGUUGCACCGACGAGAGCGUCAUCAACAAGGAGAAUGUGAAAUUAGUGGAACCAGAUGCCGAGGCAUUCAGGCCGAAGGUGCGAUCGCUGACCCAGCAGUCCUACAACAUCGCCCACAAUGAGAUUCACGUGUCGCCCAAUCGAAAUGUGCCCCAAAAGAGCACGGGCCUGGUAAACAAGGCCAUGGAUCUGAUUUUUGGCUGGUGAUCGAUCAAUCCAGCUGCUCUGCAUCGGUAGCAUUAGGUUAUUUUGUAAUAAAAUGAAAUGCAAUCAAUGUUUGUUGUUCGAAACCAAAUUCAGCUUCAGAUAUUUUCAAUCUUGCAACAUAAAAUCCUAAUGCGUACGUUUAUAAAAUAUAUAUAUAUAUAGAAAUAGA